AGCGAUAGGCCUGAAUACGAGGUUCUCGUUAGCCAGGUGAAUGUCAUUGCAAAGCCGUUGGCCGAUAAAAAGUUAACGAAAAAACUUUACAAGACUGUCAAGAAAGGUGCUAAGACUAAACAUCUCAGACGUGGAGUGAAAGAGGUGGUUAAAGCUCUAAGGAAAGAGGAAAAAGGCUUUGUUGUUAUAGCUGGAGAUAUAUCCCCUAUCGAUGUGAUCGCUCAUGUUCCGAUUUUAUGUGAAGAGAAAGGUUUACCUUAUGUAUACAUACCCGCCAAGAUAGAUUUGGGCUUAUCCAGCAUGACUAAACGCCCAACUAGCGUGGUAUUGGUGAAGCCUAAUCAAGAUUACCAGGAAAAUUAUGAUGAAUGUCGGAAUAGUAUUUUAAGUUUA